CCCACACGAAGCAGUUCAGACGCCGCCACUGCCCUGCAUCGCCCCGCCAUGGCGUGCCUGCUGGAGGGCAAGGAGGUGGACUUGGCCGACUUGCCGGCAUCCGUCAUCAAUGACGACUACUGUGACUGUGCCGACGGCUCGGACGAGCCCCUCACCGCCGCCUGCGCGGGCGUCAGCGCCGGGCAUCGCGCGGCGCCCGCAGCUGCGCCGCGCUUCCGGUGCAGCAACGCGGGGAGCAUCCCACGCACGGUGUAUAGCUCGAUGGUCGACGACGGCAUCGCCGACUGCUGCGACGGCUCCGACGAGCGGAGCGCUGGGCGACCCGCGGCGAAAACGGCGACGGGCGCCUGCAGCGCGGAGCUGCGCGCGGUGGCGCGCCGCGUGGCUGCGCUGCUGGCGCUCGAGCGUCAGGGCGAGGUCCUCAAACAGGAGCAUCUGGAGCAGCUCCAGCUGCGACGGGCGAAGGCUCGGGAGAACCUGCAGCACGCGGAGCUGCAAGCACAGCCGUGGCUCGAAGCGAUGCAGAAUGUGACGAAGAAGCUGAACAAGAUCAUGAAGAAGAAGGAUAAGAACAAGAAACCACUCACAAAGGAGGAGGUGGAGGGCCCCGGGCGAGCGCUUCUCCGCUGCUUCAAGAAGGCCGGGGAGAAGAUGGACCUCGCGGCGAACGCUUCCUGCGUGCCCGCCGAGCAGUGUUGGGCGGUUUGUGCCUACCUCUGCGCCGACUCCCGCCACUUCAACGGCACCUGCGCUCUGCAGCGGGACGACGGGAUCCCGUCGGGUGAUGCGAAGGAGUGGGUGUUCUUCGGGUACGACCCGGAUGCGCUGCGGAUGGAGCAGAUGAUGGCGCAGUACGGGAAAGGCGAAGAGGGGAUCAUCGAGGCUGCCGCAGUGGAGCACUUGGUGCUGCUGGAGGGGUGGAGCAACAAUGAUGCCCGGUGGCUGGAACUCCGGCAGAAGCUGGCGCGGCUGCAGCGGAAGUCGCGCGGCGUGCUGGAGGAACUGCAGGAAGCCAAGACGGAGUCGGGGAUGAUGGAUUUGGUCAAGACUGGCCAGCUAGGCCCUCAAGGAGCCUACCAUGGCUUGCAUGGCCAGUGCCUGAAUUUGACACAAGACCAAUAUGUGGGGACCACGGCGGUGCGGGAGCAGUGGCACACCUUCUUUUACAGCAUUUGCUUUUACCAGAAAGCCACGCAGCAGGAAAUCAAGUCCGCCGUCGCGGGAGAAACCGCCUGCGACGAGUCGGGGACGUGCGAAGAGGUGAAGGUGGAGGAGGCCCAGGUGAUUUUCCUGGGAAGGCCCGUUGGCUUCUGGAAGCCAGGCCUCAACGCACAGCGCGUCGGCUUGCCAGAACUUUUCUUUGAGCCCUCGGAACAUACCAUGAUCUUCGCUGGCGGCCAGCCAUGCGGAGCCACCCCGCGAGCUGUGGCAGUGCACUUUGUGUGUGGCGUGGAUGUGGGCCUGGCGCGCCUCGAGGAGGUGAAGACUUGCCUCUACGUGGCUGAGGCCGUCCACCCAGGGGCCUGCAACCUGCAACGCUGGCCGUUGCCGCUGCGCGCAGCGGACGAGGAGUCCGUGCGGCAGUGGCUGCUGCUCCAGGCGGAGGGGCUCCAACUGGACGGUCUCGCUGACUGGGAGCGAGUCCUUCACUCAAGCCGGUCGGUCCAAGCCUGGUUCAGUGGGCUACAUCGUGACGAGAAAGAGCCCUUGUUCACAGGUGCUCAGCUCAUGGCGUCGGUGUCCUCAACGCUGGAGCUGGGCUACGCAGUGGUGGCUCCGGCCGUGGCACUGCUGCCUGAGUGGCACACCGUUGGCGCGUGGGCAGCACCAAUGCAGGUGCAGCUGAGGCAGUUGAGCUGGGAGACCUGGGAACAGAUGCAGGCGCACUCAAUGCACUUCCUUGGCACAGACCUCGCUGCAGCUGCCAGCCACCUGGAGCAGCUCGCGCUGCCAGCGCGCGUGGCCGCGUGGCAGGCCCUUGGCAAGUGGGAGGCAUCUUGGGUGGCGGCGCGGUCGGCGCCACGGCUGCCGGUGGUGGAUGCCUUCGAGGCUGAGCGUCCGCCCGGGAGGCGCUUUCGCAUCCCAGCCGAGCCGCUGGACUUUGCGCUGGUGGGGCUGUACCUGUCCAUGAUCCAGGCACUGAUGCUCCAAGCUCUGGUCACUGUUCUGGGAUGCCUUUGCCGCUGCUGUUGGUGUCGGCGUCGAACACCGCGCCCGGCUCUCCCUGUGACGCCUGCAGCGCCCGCUGCAGCGCCUGCGCCGCAGUCACCGGAGGGGAGUCCAAGCAACCCAAGUGGCUGACCCACUCCACUCCACCUUCUGCAGCGGCAGCGGGUGGGCCGAGGCCAACAGCGAAGCCCGAAGAAGGGUCCAAGGAGCCCACACUGGGUGGCCCAGACGGAGUAAAAGAUGCUCCCCCGAAGCGGCGCGCGACGCGCGGUGGCUCGCGAGCGAGCGAGCGUCGGUGUCGGGAUGGCCGUGGGUUUGGGCAUGAAAAAGAGA